GUUAACGGAACUGUGACAAGUGUUACGAAGUACCAAUUCGCAUUGGCAGGCUGUAUGGUAGUAUGGUAUUGGUGGUAUUGUACUGGUACAGACCGACGCCAGACGCUACGCGCGCUGCGCUACGUGCAGACAACAGACGACGCCAAGAAAGGAACAUGGCGGCGUUAGCGCCUUUGAAAGUCAACUCGGCGGCAUUAAAUCGGUUAAAAGCAUUCCUAUGCGAGCCAGCAUACAAAGAUGCAAUGGAGAGUUCAUCGAAUGCCAACACGAGACUGGUUGUAGAGCGGCGCCUUCGUUUACCCUUUUUGGAUGCCCAGACUGGAGUGGCUCAGAGCGACUGUGCACUCUGGAUGCCCCAUUGGCAACGCAUGCCUGGGCAAGGGGAUGGCCAACUCUACAGCUAUCCUGCCCGUCGAUGGCGAAAGAAACGCAGGCAGUACCUCAUGAACGACCGCUAUCUCGGGGCACGUUUCAGGGAGCCGGACUACGGGGAUGCGGAUAUGCAUCAGAUCAGCGUCGUCGAGAACACGGCUGCGGGGGAGGAUUCUGUAGACAAGGGAGGAAUUCCCCCGGAAGAUUCCAAUCAAUCCUGGUACAGAGACUUAGAGGACACAGAUGGAGGGUCCUUGAUGGAGCCUCAGGUCCAAGCAGUUCCGGACUUCCAAGAGGAUCCAGAAACGGACACUGAAGACUAUGACGAAUCUUACAGUCGGAAAAAGAAGAAAAAAGCAAAAAACUCUGGCCAGAAAAAAAGGACACGAAUUGAGUACACAGAUGCUGAGAAACCUUACAGUUGUGAGAUUUGCGGGGUACGCUACAAAACCCGACCAGGCUUGUCCUACCACUAUGCCCACAGCCACAUCGGGGGAAGUAACGACACUCACCAUGCAAAUAGCAGCAGCAGCAACAACAACAACAACAAUCGAUCGGCCACACCUCCAAGCGUCCCACCCGCCGCCCCUCCUCCACUUCAGCAGGCAAUGCCUGCCAGUGAGGACAGUGGAGGUGUACCUGAAGGGGUGGCUUUUGGAGCACCCAGGGGAGGGCCGUCGGGGGACAGCCCCCUAGCAGGACUGCGAAAGUUUCAGGAUAAUUUUUUAUCCUUUCUCAAGACUCCACAGGGUGGUGAGACCUCUAUUUUUAGUCUCGCUCCUAAUCGUGGGCUAACCGUAACUAUUUUUCCAGAGGGGGUAGCCAAGCCAAUGCCCGGCAUGCCCCCCCUUGCUCAGGGGGGUCCUCCCCAAGUGGGGGAGCAGCCAAAAGGUAUCAUUGACACUCAGGGCAGGAGCGCCAGUGGGAAACCCCUGGCUAACCCCAGCCCGUAUUGCGACUUCUGCUUGGGGGAUAAUGGAGAAAAUAAAAAGACCCGUCAGCCGGAAGAGUUGGUGUCCUGUUCUGAUUGCGGUCGCUCGGCUCAUCCGUCGUGCCUGCAGUUCACUCCUAACAUGACUCUCUCAGUUAAGAAGUACCGUUGGCAGUGCAUUGAGUGCAAGUCCUGCGGCCUGUGUGGGACCUCAGACAAUGAUGACCAGCUCCUCUUUUGCGACGACUGUGACAGAGGUUACCACAUGUAUUGUCUGACACCGCCACUUUCAGAGCCACCCGAAGGGCUGUGGAGCUGCCACCUGUGCAUCGAGGAGUAUGGCCAAGGAAGCCAACGGGGAUCUGGAUCAUCCCCGUAGGCAUUCUUCGCCUCGAUGUAGAAGGUCCUUAGGUUGCCCUUGCGAGCAUGCCUGAUGGCACAUCGUGGAGAAGGGCGUUUGAGAUAACGCUAUUUUACGGCAGGAACCACAAAACGUAAAUAAUUGUUGUGUCGUGGAAUCAUAGUUGUGCAUCAUAAGUGAUUCGAGAUUAUCUUUUAUUAAACGAAGCUAAGACGGAAUGUGUUUCAACUACCAACGAUAUGUGGAACACCAAAGACCAUAAAAAUAGUGUGUCUCGUUGCGAAAUAAAAUGUCGGUAGAAGGAAA